AUUGACAAGAAGGAAGAAUUGGGCAACAAACGAGAACCUGUUGUUCGCAGGAGAGGAGAGGAUCGGGAAUGUAGACACGUUACGAAUGCCAUCAUGAGUAGCAAAACAAAUCCGCAAAUGUCAAAUUCGUACAACGGAGAUACUAUUGGAAGGGACAGUCCAUCAGCAUUAUUAGUAGUGCUUGCAGAAGUUGCAUCUCAAACAUUGCAUUCAGAAACGAAGCAUAUUGAUUCACUGGUGGCAGCACAAUGUAAAUCUAGAGUAGCGAGUGUAAAACGGAAAGAAUCAUGUUUUACUGUAUCCCAACUUUUAUCUAUGCCUGUUUCCCAUCUUGUUAAGCAAUUUGCUAUUUUUACAAGUGAUGAGCUCAAAAGACAAUAUUCUUAUACUUGUGCAUUAGUGCCUGGUUGUCAACAGAAAUAUACCAGUUUUGCUAGCGAAGAAAAGGCGAGAGCCUCCAUUAAAAAUCAUCUAGAGGAGCAUUUAGAAUAUCUGAAAGCAGACAAAGAAACUUAUGAUACAUUUACAGCAAAAAGUAUAAAUCAAAAUUUAAAGACUAAUCUACAAAGUAAGAGAAGUCGGACACAGCAGCCAAAAAAACCUCAAGAAACGAUAAAUAAGAAGAAUAAAGAUGUAAUAAUAGAAAAAUCUGCAAAUUAUUUACGUAAAAUACUUUUAAAUGAUAUUAAUAUUAAAGAAAAUGAGAAGCAGAAAUGUUUUCAAAAUUCGGAAAAUAAAGAUGCGCAUAAUUCCGAAUUAAAGAAUUCUGACCAAAUGGACACUAAGGUUCUUGGGGAUCAUAGUUAUUUUGAACGAUUAGAUGAUAAAAUGCCUAAUAGAAAGGGAAUAUCAUCUCUUAAUAAUGUUCUGAAUAAUACAAGAAAAGAAAAUAUUGUAUUGAUGGUUGUUGGUAGCGAUAGUGUACAUACGAAAGAGUAUUCUUCUAUCAACCAGAAAUUAGCUGAAAACACAAAUUGUCAAGAUUCUGAUAAUCUCUGCUCAUCAGACUCGUGGUCAGAUGAAACUCGGAUAAAAAAUACAGAAGUAUCAACAGCUACCAAACCUAAAGGAAAAGCAAAGUUUAUUGGAACGAGUAAGGAAGAGAGGGAAAUGGCAUUAGCAUAUAUAGAUCGUAUUAAGAAGAAAGGCAAUCCUUCAGGAAAUAAUCUACAAUGUCGCAUCUGCGAUCCACCUCGUAGUUUCACCGCGCCUACAACUUUAGUAUCUCAUUAUCGCAGUCAUGCUGGAAUAAAACCAUACGAGUGUCGAAUAUGCAAAGCAGUUUUUACAAGAAGACACAGCUUGAAAUAUCACACGUUGAUUCAUCAAAAUCAGACACGUUUUACAUGCCUGGAGUGUGGAAAGAAGUUCAGGCAUCCAUCUCACUUUAGGGAACAUCAACGUAGACACACCGGAGAAGCUCCGUUUGGAUGUGACGAUUGUGGACAACGGUUCAAAACAAGAAAUACCUAUAAACGUCAUUUAAAAACACGACACGGUAAAAUUCUCACGACAAUCGGUGAAGUUUUGCAUCUUUCCGAAGAAGAUUUUCAAAAGGUUCGGACUAAUCGAAGAAAGAAAGAUUGUGUCCCAGAGACUGCAAUAAAUGUCGAUAAUAUCGAGUCCAAUGUAAUAGUAGAUUUUGAAAAUAAUCAUGACAAAACGCAAUAUGUAACAAAUUCAGUAGAGGAAUAUGUUCUGAAAGAGAAUAUUGAGGAUAUUAAUAGAAAUUUGGAAACAAAAGACACUAUACAAAUUGUUGACAAAUGUCUUGAGAGUUUUGAGGUUUGUUCCGAAUCUCAAUUGAAUAAGACUGAUGGUAUAGAGACUGAAAUAGCUAUAGACUGUAGAUAUUCCAGUAAGAAUGACAGAAAUGUCAAGGUGGAACGUAUCGAUGGCAUAGAAGAUGGCCUGCUACAAUUAAAAACCUUUUACGAUAAUUUAAAAACGACUAAUAAUGUAGAAAGUCACAUCGUUUAUCAACAUGACAUUGAAGAUCAGAAUAAAGUUUAUGAUUGCAGUAAUAGGAUACAGUGGCUUGAAUACUCUGAAGUGAAAUGUAAUAAUGAGACUUCAAAAGAAGGAGAUGAAGAUAUAAUGGAGGAAAAGAUAGAUCUUUCAGAAGAGCUAUACAGCAAUAAAUUACAUGUGUUGCAAGAAUCUAUACACAAUUAUCACAAGAUAGUAUAUGACAGUGAUACACAAGACAAAACUGCAACGUACGUGCAUUUAGAAACUGCUGAAGAAGCAGAAAUAAAUUCUGAUGAAAAUAAUCAAACAUAUGAUGAAAAAUAUGAUGGGCACAUUAUUAUCGCAUCAAAUGAUGAAAAAUCUAAGAGUUAUGCAGAUGCUUAUAAUGUUGAAAAUAAAGAAUGUGUGAAAAAUGACAUUACUUUUUGUACACAGGUAACAAAUACGGAUGUUAAUAUUCUGCAAACCUUUGACGCUGUUAAAGGAGAGAUUAUGUCACAAAACCAAGAUGAUAUACUUCAAGAGAACGAAUGCGUAAGUGAAUCUAUUGCGACUGAUUCGGUAACUAUAAGUAUCUCUUCAAACAAUUCUGUUAAAGAAAAUGAGGAAACUGAUCAACAGCAAAAUAACCACUGUUCAUAUAUUCGUACUGAUCAGUUAAACAGGAUAAUCGCGCAAAAUAGAUGUAUAAACAUACCUCUACAUCAAAUCGAAUUGUUUCGCGAUAAACAAAAUCACUUGCAAGCGAAAGGGGAUAAUUGUAGGCAAAUUCGAAUUUUAGACGGUAACUUACAAGCAAUUGAUAUAAAGCAAUCUGAUAAGCAAAAUACUAUUUUGUUCGUAUCUAAUGAUCAUUUAAAGAAUGGCAUUUUUCAAAUUGACGGGAAUAAUAUCAGAUACUGUCAAAGUUCUAAAAAUAUGGAUAAUUUGCAAAGUUAAGUGAUAAUAAUAUCUGUACAAUAAAAUAUGUAAAGUUUGAUAUAUAUA